AUGGAAGAUCCGCACACGGCCCAGAGCAUGCGCAGGCAGUUCGGCACCUGGGACGCCUGUGCCCUAGGGGUCAUGACUGGCAGCGCCUGGCCUCUAUUUGGUGGCCCAAAGGUGGUGAUGCUGACUUUCUUUUGCGCCGCGCAGGAAACGUCGUUGUAUAACGGAGGCCCACCCGGCGUGAUCUACGAGCUAGUCGCCGUCUGCUUAGUCUAUUUCAGCAUCACUGCGUGCGUUGCUGAACUGGCCUCAGCCAUGCCUACCUCUGCUGGAGUAUACUAUUGGGCCACGGUGACGGGAGGGCGCAAAUGGGGCCGAGUCCUCGGUUUCUAUGCUGGCUGGUACAACGCCUUCGCUUACAUUUUUGCCACGGUCGCGACCUCGUCCAUUUCUGCCGUCCAAUUAGUGCAGAUGUACGCCUUGUUUCGUCCAGACUAUGUAUCCCAACCCUGGCACGUCCUCCUUGCGUAUUUUGGCUGUUCCUGGAUUAGCUGCGCCAUUGUCAUAUUCGGCCACCGUUUCAUGGCUAGAAUCAACGACGUCGGCCUGGUGCUCAUCUUGGCCGGUGUCCUUGUCACCAUCGUCGUCUGCUGCGUCAUGCCAGCCGUCCACGGGGCCGGAUACAGCAGCAAUCGUUCCGUGUGGGUUGAAUGGGAGAAUGAUACAGGCUACGAGAGCAACGGCCUGGUGUUUCUGAUGGGCAUGCUGAAUGGGGCCUUUGCUUUUGGCGUUCCAGGUCCGAGGACUGACGUGAAGAUAGAUUGCAUUUCUCACAUAGCUGAAGAAGCAACAAAGACAUUCGCCUACCUCAUCGCGAUAUUUUAUGCCGCUAAGGAUGUCGGAGCGGUAGCUGCAAUGGCAUAUCUAUUUCCCAUCUCGCCCAUAUACCAGCAAGCCACCCAAUCUGUAGGCGGAACACUCGGACUGUCGUUGCUCAUCUUCCUGCCAUCCUUUUGGGCCAUUGUGGGCGGCUAUGUCACCGCCGGGCGCGUGGUCUGGACGCUGGGCAGGGGCAACGCGGUGCCUUUCGCCGGUACACUCGGUCGCAUCUCGCCGACUCUUCACAAUCCAGUCAACGCCGCCCUCUGCGUGGCGGUCUUGAAUACGCUCAUUGGACUUAUUUACCUGGGAUCAAAAACGGCGCUCAGCGCCUUUGCAACUUCGGUGGUGUGCCUGAACCUGUUGGCGUAUCUGGCUGCCAUGCUUCCGCAUUUGCUUUCCGGCCGUCAGGGACUGUUGCCGGGCGUCUUUUGGAUGAGAGGCUGGGUAGGGGCUACUGUGUACGGGGUGGCAUGUGCCUUCAUCGGCUUCUUCCUUGUCAUUUUUAAUUUUCCCUAUUCGCAGCCGGUGACUGCGGGCUCCAUGAACUACACCAGCGCGGUGCUGGUAGGUCUAUCAAUCGUCAUCACGGCCUGCUGGAUCUGGAAGCGGCGGCAGGGAUACGUGGUUUCCGAAGCUUUCGUGGAGGAGCCAUCUCUCGUCAACGAGUGGGAAGAGCAGCAUGGAGAAAACCGAGAUAAAGAACAGGCUUGA